GCCUGUGUAGUUAGUUGGUCAGUAAGUUGUGGGACGGGAGGGGGCAGGGAAUAAGGUUCAGUAUCCGACGUGCACCCGUUAUGUGCAGCCCGGGCUCGGUUCAUCCUCGUGCACGGCACGGCACCGCCCCAUACCAAAUGUUGCGGCCGCCGCCGUCUCCGCAGGGGCUUCGCCGCCGCCGUAGCUACAUGGGCUACCCACCACUGGGGUGCUACGCAAAGCAGGCUUGGAGCACAAUAGCAGGGAGAGACGCCGCCGAUAUCCGUAAUAGCGAAACAAUGCUGCACGUUGCCGCCUUCCACUGUGCGGUGCACUACUUUUUUGUGCCUCUCUCGCCGCCGCUGCUGCAAAUUGGGUUUUCUGACAGAUUCGGACAGACCCUACUGUACCGACUGUUCUGCUGGGCGUGCCGGGCCGGCACUCCUAUCUAGUAGAGUCUUGUUCGCCUGAGCUCGAUAUAAAGCUGCACAGAUCCUCCUGUUCUCCCAGCUUCUUCUCUUCUUGUCCUCCAGCCCGUGGAUUGUUGUUCUACCUGCUCUUUUCUUUUUCUUCCUCCGUCUCCCUCUGUCUCCGUAUCCA